CCACUUCAUUCAUCCCCCCCUCUUUCAACUGUACGAAUAUCUGUUGCGUUACAGUUAACAGCACAAGGAUCAUAUCCGUAUUUUUAUUGCAGCGGAAGUGUUUUUAUUUCUUCAAUGCCUUCUUUUAGAAGUAAAUUAAUUAACGAAAUUAAAAAACAUCCUUGCUUAUUUAUUGAAGAUAAUCCUGCAUUUAAGGAUACAGUUAGAAAGAAUGAAGCCUGGAAAAUAAUUUCCCGAAAUUUAGACUUCGAGGUCAACUUCUUGCAAAAUAUAUGGAAGAUAUUGCGAGACCUUUAUCAAUUGAGUUUAUGCGAUCGGAGCAUAUCAAAUGACUCCAAAUCGCGUCCAAAUCUAUUGAAGACAUUUGAAGAAGAAAUGAAAUUUAUGGAAUAUUAUCUUCAACCCAAGAAGAGCUCUCCGCCGAUGACUCAUUCUCUGCCAGUUCAAAACACAAUCGAGCAAAUUGAAAUUGAGAUCGAAAUUGAAAUCGAAUUUGAAUUGAAUCGAGCAAAUGGAAUCUUAAUUGUUGGGAACAACAUCUUCUGAGUCAACGAGGGAAAAUACUAAACCGGAUAUUCAAAUUAUAAAUGAUAAGACUGAACCGGAGAGUCAAAUUAUAAAUGAUAAUACCGAACCAGAAGUUCAAAUUUCAAAUGAAGAGAAUAAACCUGUAGUUCAAAUUCCUCCUACAGUUCUGCAGACCAGUGCCUGCGAAACUCCUUUAAGCGAACUCCUUUCUUUUUAUUUCCUCCUACGAAACCCAAGCUGGGCCAGAAAGUUUUUAAAUCUGAGUCCUAUAUACCCAACACUUCCCCAAUAGUUCCUUCUCCCUCUAUAUCCUGGACCGGCAAUCAAUCCCUCAGGUCUCAGCUUCAGGAAUCUCGACCUCCCCAUUCGACGCGCCUAAAAACUAAUAUUACAAUGAAAGUAAUUGUUGCUGGUAAAAAUCUAAUCCCUGGUCAACAUUUGAAAAGUACAAUUCGUUUGAUAAUCAUGACAAAUUCUGACACAGUGCAAAUGGAAGCUGUUCUAAGCACAAUACAUUUCCUUCAUCUGCAACAUCGAAUUCCGUGACAGAAUAGGUUCCAUUAUCCACGAUUACGGAAGAAACCGAAAUUAAAAUUCUUCAUGAUGAUUGUCGACGAAGUGUCGGAACUCCGUUACUGGAGAAUUUAGAAUUUUUCCCAAAUUGUUUUUCAAAAUUUUCGUAUUUCACUCCUUUCCUCAUCACAAUAUGUGAUUAAAGUCGCCAUAAAAUCUGAGAACGAAUAAAUAAAUAAUUUUUAAAUCGUCAAUGAAUAUUUUAGAAACAUGCUUUUCCAUUUUUGAAAUCACAAUUGAAUUGGAGAAAAUUUUGUCUUUCUGAAAAAACGAUUUAAUGUAUUUAAAUGGAACGUAUCUUGGCGGUUAAAUUCCCCAAUAGCUCCUUCAUUAUUCAUUCAUUAAUAUCAAUUCAUUAGAUAUUUUGGCUAAUUUCUUUAGCUAUAAGCAUUUAUUGAAUUUUUUUGUUUAUGUGUAUGGUAUAUUUUAAUGAUCUCUUCUUCCUCUUAUCUGUGAAUAAUUAAAUGCUGUCUUUUUUUAAUUAUUAUUUUUUAUGAUCUGCCGAUUUGUAUUUUAAU